UCUGGUAUUUAAUCAACACAUUAGUUCCUCGUAACCAAAGACUCUUGACUCUCUGUCACAAUCCCAGAGCUGUUGCAUUUGAAGUCACUCUUCGUAUUUUCAUUUGUCCUGUUUGAUGUUAAAUGUUGUUUUGGGAAACCCCGUUCGGGUUGGUAUGAAUGUCAUUUGCCUUAUAAAAACGAGAGCAGUAUAAAAAGGAGCAGGUUUUACAGUUGGAUUCAUCGGUGCAGGGAAAGUCAACUCUGAGAAGAUCUUCAUCCGGACUCAGAGAAUUCAGCCAAUCAUGCCCAACAUGCGCUUUGUCUUGGUGCUCAUGGCCGCCAUCAGCCUGCUGCCAGGCGCAACAUCUCAAGUUACCGGUAUUCCAGGUACUAGCAUCCCUGAGUGUCCCAUUAACUACUAUGGAGAGACUUACUUUUCACCAUCUGGGAUCGCUGUGGAGAAUGUAUUUGAGCUGAACUUUGGCAACUCUGACUUCAUGACUUUCACCUUUGAAGUCCCAGUGCAACCUUUCAGUUUUGAUUCAAUCUUUGAUGUCGCUAAUGAAACUUCCGAAUUUGCCCUAAAUCUUCCAGACCUUGUUGGGACGUCAGACUGCUUUUACGGUAUCAUUUUGUUUUCAGGUCCAAAUGCGAUCCAGAUCCUUUUCCGCACAUUUGGAAAUCAGGGAGCGUACCUAGUUGACUCGCCCGUGCCACUGAACGUCACGACAACAGUGGGGGGACAGCUGGUCAGCACGACAGAGUUGUCAGCUGGUAAAACAUAUGCUUACCUUCGAGGCUGCAGACACGAGGGUCAAUUCUAUCCAGUAGGAACAAAGACACUUGUCUCCGCAACUGUCUUUGUGACAUGUAAUUCAACAGCUUUCCUUACCGUUUCGAACUAUGACCCAAGAUGCUCAACGAAGUCCGGGUGCACCAUGACUGUGAUUUGGAGCCCCAUUGACCAGCCAACGCCAACUGAAAUUCCCCUAACCAUGACCCCUGAAACUAUUUCAACUACUUAAUUAAUUAUGGUCUGUAAUUAAUUAAUGGAAUUAAUCAAUAUUUUAAUCUCAUCUAAAAAUUACAAAGAAAA